AUGUAUAUUCGUUUCUCACGCUCAAUCCUAUGCUCAAUUAACUGCUUUGUGCAUACGUCUGUUUAUCUGUCUGUUGAGGAGGGGGGAAGUGUCUUACCCGACAAACUAAAAGCAGAUCUUGUACAUAAAGAGACUUGCGGGUUGCGACGUGCUUUCAAACUAAUCAGUCUAUUCGCAAUGAUAACUCUGACGAAUCGAUUAAGAGUCCUCUGUUCAUUAUCUAUCUAUCUAUCUAUCUAUCCAUCUCAGUCUGUUCUAUUUAUCUAUCUAUCUAUCUGUUCUAUCUAUCCAUCUCAGUCUGUUCAUAUCUAUUCUAUCUAUCUAUCUGUCUGUCACCUAUCUGUAUCGUAUCUAUCUCAGUCUGUUCAUAUCUCAAUCUAUAUAUCUAUAUCAGUCUGUUCAUUUAUCUAUCUAGGCUGUUCAUAUCAUCUAUCUAUCCAUCUAUCUGUCUGUUCGUAUCUAUCUAUCUAUCUAUCUAUCUAUCUCAGUCUGUUCAUAUAUCUCAAUCUAUAUAUCUAUAUCAAUCUGUUCAUAUCUAUCUAUCUAUCUAUCUAUCUAUCUAUCUAUCUAUCUAUCUACCUAUCUAUCUCAGUCUGUUCAUAUCUCUCAAUCUAUAUAUCUAUAUCAGUCUGUUCAUAUUUAUCUAUCUCAGGCUGUUCAUAUCUAUCUAUCUAUCCAUCUAUCUCACUCUGUUCGUAUCUAUCUAUCUAUCUAUCUAUCUAUCUCAGUCUGUUCAUAUAUCUCAAUCUAUAUAUCUAUAUCAAUCUGUUCAUAUCUAUCUAUCUAUCUAUCUAUCUAUCUAUCUAUCUAUCUAUCUAUCUCACUCUGUUCGUAUCUAUCUAUCUAUCUAUCUAUCUAUCUAUCUAUGUCGGUCUGUUCAUUAUCUAUCUAUCUAUCUAUCUAUCUAUCUAUCUAUCUAUCUAUCUAUCUGUUCAUAUCUCUCAAUCUAUAUAUCUAUAUCAGUCUGUUCAUAUUUAUCAUUUAUCUAUCUCAGGCUGUUCAUAUCUAUCUAUCUAUCCAUCUAUCUAUCUAUCUAUCUAUGUGUCUGUCUGUCUAUCUAUCUGUCUGUCUAUCUAUCUAUCUACCUAUCUAUCUCAGUCUGUUCAUAUCUCUCAAUCUAUAUAUAUAUAUCAGUCUGUUCAUAUUUAUCUAUCUCAGGCUGUUCAUAUCUAUCUAUCUAUCCAGUCUGUUCGUAUUUAUCUAUCUAUCUAUCUAUCUAUCUAUCUCAGUCUGUUCAUAUUCAAUCUAUAUAUCUAUAUCAAUCUGUUCUAUCUAUCUAUCUAUAUCUAUCUAUCUACCUAUCUCAGUCUGUUCAUAUCUCUCAAUCUAUAUAUCUAUAUCAGUCUGUUCAUAUUUAUCUAUCUCAGGCUGUUCAUAUCAUCUAUCUAUCCAUCUAUCUAUCUAUCUAUCUAUCUAUCUAUCUGUCUGUCUGUCUGUCUAUCUAUCUAUCUACCUAUCUAUCUCAGUCUGUUCAUAUCUCUCAAUCUAUAUAUCUAUAUCAGUCUGUUCAUAUUUAUCUAUUUAUCUAUCUCAGGCUGUUCAUAUCUAUCUAUCUAUCCAUCUAUCUCACUCUGUUCGUAUCUAUCUAUCUAUGUGUCUGUCUGUCUGUCUAUCUAUCUAUCUGUCUGUCUAUCUAUCUAUCUACCUAUCUAUCUCAGUCUGUUCAUAUCUCUCAAUCUAUAUAUAUAUAUCAGUCUGUUCAUAUUUAUCUAUCUCAGGCUGUUCAUAUCUAUGUAUCUAUCUAUCUAA